AUGCUCAUCCAAAACGCCCUCGAACGCCUCAUGGAAGACCGCACCACCUUUGCGAUCGCCCACCGCUUAUCCACCGUGCGCCGCGCCGACUGCCUCUACGUCAUCGACCGCGGCAAAAUCGUCGAAUUCGGCACACACACCCAGCUACUCGCCAGUGACGGCCUCUACGCCCACCUGUGCGACAUGCAAUUCGCGCUUGAAGAGUAG